AUGCAUUACCACGGGUGCUGUUGCGGACGGUGCGGAGUAUCCACGUCGCCGUUGCCGGUAAUAGUCAUGAUCACGGUGGCACUAGUCCUCUUGGCGCUCUCCUCCGCCGUAAAAUUUGAGGUUUCCCUCUCCUCAGGCGAAAAUAUGCUGAGCUGGCUCCUCCUAGCUGCGGUUCCAUUGGCUCUACUCUUUGCCCUGCGAUGUUUCUCUUGCCUUGAAACGGCGAAGCGAUCCGUCUACUACUGUCCAUGCGGCCGCUGGAAAUGCGUUUGCUACUACUAGCUAUCUAGUUUUGAACGCGGUUAGUGUCGUUGCGUUUACGUUUUUGUAAAUCAAUAAUUUCGUUUUGUAGGUAUUGUCGAUGUUAACGCGAAGGAUAUAUGUGGCGUGAUCAGACUUUAAUUUGGUGUGUUAAUUUGACGAACGUGAUCGGCUAUAAUAUUCAAUUUUAUUUUAAAAAAAAAUUAACAUAGCUUAAAUUUGUGUGAUCUUGGAUAUAUGUGUUUUUGAAACCAAACAAUGUUAUUCCGAGGAAAAAAAAUUAAAGGAAUUGAGCAGUAAAAUUUCAGGUACAUAGUUCAUAUGAAAUGAUAGGAAUAGCAAAAGAAUUAAAAUUCAACAACGGCGCUCGAUUUCUUCAAAAUUAAUUAAUGAUGUUGAAAUUACACUAGUGUAAUUAUGCUAAAGUUUGAGGAUUUUUUUAUAUAGAUUAACAGUAAGAACUUAGGUGGUUAGGUUACAAAGAGCAAAUCAUAUUUGUCAUCUUUUGAAUUUUGUGUAGCUUAGGUUAAAAGAUGGUAAGUCAUUUUUUUGUCAUCUUUGAAUUUUGGGAGUUGCUUAUUGAAGACGUGAUUAAUGAUAACAAUUAAAGCAAAAGAAAAUAAGGAAACGAGAUUAUGACGCUCCACCAACAAUUGGAUAGGUGUAGGAGGAGCCCCAUCACGAAAGAGAAAAGCCAACAUAAAUAAAAACUCAUAUCUAAUUCGAGUGACCAAUUAUCUGUAUCCACGUUAAAGUUAUUAUCUUUUACGUUUGAGAAAUAUAACUCGAUCGUGACUAGGGAGUGGAAACAUAUAUUUUUAGACAAAAGAAACCGAGCUUACUAUAUUAUUUUUUUAGAUAACUUUGACACUUACUAUUCAGUUAAAGCUUCAUCUGUCGGUCACAUAUAUAGUAGAUAAUAUUUCUAACCUAAAGGGUGGUUUCUACAAGUUUGCAUCGGCACAUAAAAGCAAAAGAGACAGAAAAAAAAAAGAGAGGAAGAGUUUCUUUCAUCAUCCUCAUCAUCAAAAAUAAUCAUGGCGUAUGGAGACAGCAGAUCAGGACCGUCCAUCUUGGAUUCAUUCUCGCUCUCGCCUCUACCGUACCCGGUCCUUCUAAUCCUAGCCGUGGCUUCGGUGUUCCUAAUGACAUCAUGGUACUUGAGCUUCGAAGAUGCAGCAGAAUCCGCGGGAGAGCAAAUGAAUCUUGCUCUUCUCUUGAUCCCUCUCCUCCUCAUAGUCUUGGUUAGGUGGUUAUCCACCGUGGAGAAUCCAGACGCGUUUCUAGGGAUGUUUUCAAACCGUCGUCAGACGUACGGGAGUCCCAGCGCCGGGAAUGAAGGCGGAAGCUCGCCGUGGGGAGUGGCGGCGAUUAUAGUUCUGUUGCUUGUUUUGCUUCAGUAUCAAUCAAGUUUCUUGGGGAUGUGGUUUGGUUGAUUUAAGUGUAGUUCUUUUUUCUUUUCUUUUUAUGUUUUUGUCGUUUAUUUUAGUGCAAUAUAAAAAAUGAUUUUCAGAA